AUUUUUAUUAUGUUUGGAGUCCAUUAUUUUCUUAAUUUUUUCUUCGAAGACAAUUAUCAAUUUUCUUAUAUUUGGUCAAAAUUCAAGAGUAUAAAUAUGCAUGUGUGUGUAUAUAUAUAGAUAGAUAUAGAGUGUUUGUUUUACGACAAGAUUAUACGAAAAAUGGAGGUUAAAGUCUUGUCAAAAGAAACUAUUAUACCUUCUUCCCCAACUCCCCCUCACCUUCAACCCUUCAACUCACUGCUUGAUCAAUUGUCUCCAAUGCUUUAUAUUCCACUUUUACUUUUCUACCCCAUGAAAAAAAGUUAUCAACACCAAGAUCAUAACAAAGCAAUUGCUACCCUAAAAACUUCUUUAUCAAAAACUCUUAGUCGUUUUUACUUAUUGGCAGGAAGAAUCAUCGGCAAAUCCAUCCAUUGUAAUGACAAAGGAGCUGUGUUUAUGGAAGCAACCAUAAACUCCAACAUGUUUGACAUCCUCAAAGAACCAAACAAUGAGGUUUUAACAAAACUCCUUCCAUGUUCUUUGUUGUGUAACACUAAACCAAUUGAAGAAUAUCCUCAAAUUGUUGUUCAAGCCAACAUUUUCGAAUGUGGUGGUAUUGCAAUCUCUCUUUGUCUAUUGCACAAGCUCAUUGAUGCAGCUACUUUCUGCUGUUUUCUAAGAUCAUGGGCCACUACCAAUAGAGAAUUGUUAUCUCUUGAUCAUUCAUCUCCAAAUAAUAAUAUGGUAUGUGUUGACUAUAAAUCAUUCUCUUCCCUCUUUCCACAAACCAAUUUGUUGCCUUUUCAUCAAAGUCUGAUCAAUAAUGAUAAAGCAGUUGUACCCCCGUCGAGUAUUUUCAAUCGUAAACGUCGUUUUCAAAGAUUCGUGUUCCGAUCAGAAGCGAUAUUAGACCUUAAAGCUAAAGCAAAAUCCUGUGAUAUACCAAAUCCAACAUGUGUUGAAACACUAACAUGCUUUAUUUGGAAAUAUCUCAUGAAAGUUGCCGAUGAUGGUGAUUCUCAAAGGCCAUCAACUUUGUCUCAUGUUGUAAACAUCAGAAAGAUGUUAGAACCAUCAUUGGGUGAAGUUUCUUUAGGAAACAUUAUGUGGGGCACAGUUGCUCAUCAUUUUUCAACCACAAGGAAUGAAGAAUUUGAGGGUUUGGAGCUGAGUAAAUUGGUAAGUUUAUUGAGACAAUCAUUUAAAAAGAUCAAUAAAGAUUAUAUAAAAGAGUUGAUUAUGGGAGGUGAUAAAGAAAGAAGAAAUGGUGUUAUGAAGUUGGUUGGUGAGAUAAAUAAGUGGCCAAUCUCAAAUUAUUACUUUUUCACAAGUUGGAAAAAUUUGAAGUUGAAUGAAGUUGACUUUGGCUGGGGAAAACCUUUAUGGUCUGCCAUUGCUGGGGACCCAAAUGAAAUGAUGGGAAACAUUAUUGUUUUGGUAGAUAAUGUAUUGGAUGAUGGAUCAACAGAGGCAUGGAUUCUCUUAGAUGAAAAAGAAAUGCAACUUUUAGAACAAAUUCCACAAUUUCUUGAGUUUGCAUUGCUGAAUCCAAGUAUAAAUUUGCCCCAUAAUCAGAAAACUGCUGAUGAGAUUUUCUCCAAUAAAUUAAUAUGAUGUCUCAAGUGUGAUGAUGUCUCCAAAAAUUCUUGAUCUUUGAGUUAUUCAAAGGUAAUAGGAUGGUUGGAAUCAGGAGAGGUAAACUAUCAAAAUGUUAUCGUAAUUAACGAAUAAAGAUAGACGUUAGAUAAUCAUCUAUUAAUGUCUAUUGCUA